AUGGUGGUGCUAGUGCCGCUGGGUUGCCAAAGCAGCGCGUUUCCACGUGCGUCUUGGAGAGCGUUUUUCAUGUUGCGUGUGUUUGCGUUCUCUGGGAAGAGACGGCACGGAGGAGUGCCUACGCGGUACCGAAGCAGGGAGAAAGCACGCUGGCUUUUCCUUUUGUUCACCCUGUCCUUCUUAACCUCUCUUUGUUGUAGUGAUUGCUGGGCGUUGUUCGGGUUCUAUUAUUAUUACUAUUAUUAUUAUCCGUAUUGUGCGUCGAUGUUUGUUGUGUUUGGCGUUGCGUCACGCCGUACCUCUCCGUGUAUUCUUAUACUUUCAAUUAGUGGAGAUGCAGCAGAAGACAGCUGGAAAGCUGUCACCGUCCCCCGCCUCGCCUUGACUUUUGUAGCUUUCCCGGCUUUCUUGUUGGUUUUUUCUCUUUUCCCCUUUUCUUCUCUCCUCUUCCUCCCCUCAUCGGUCUCCCGUUGA